AUGUCGCACAGUCAUCAAAAAAGCGACAUUCAGAUGUCAACAUCUUUGUUUGGUUAUCUUUUGUCGAUAAUGCUGAGCUCAAGACGAAUAGCGAGUCCAUCACCUAGUUUACGGCCUAUAUCUGCUAAGCGUGUUUAUAAUUCCGAGAGGCAACAGCUAAUCCAAACCGAGAUAAACAGGUACACCGACGAUUCCUCGAGUUCAGAGACAAAUUCGAUAAACUACAAACAAUAUGCCCCCGCAUCCACAGUGAAUUUAGAACAUCUAGAAUGGAGUGAUAUACUUCCAUAUUAUUUACCCUUCUUGUCAUGGAUUGGAAAGUACAAUCUUAGAUAUUUCAUUGGUGACUUGGUUGGUGGUUUGACAUUGGUUUUUUUUCAACUUCCAUUGUCAUUGUCAUAUGCUACGACAUUGGCGCAUGUACCAGUGAUAUCAGGAUUGUACUCAUUAGGUAUUGCACCGUUUAUUUAUUUGAUAUUUGGCAGUGUUCCUCAAAUGGUCGUUGGACCUGAGGCGCCGAUAUCUUUGGUUGUGGGGCAAGCGAUAGAACCUUUGCUCCACCACAUGAAGAAGAAACAUUUAGAUCCUUUGGAUUACGUAUCGGUAAUUACGUUCCUUAGUGGAGCUAGUUUAUUAGGAUUUGGUAUUGGAAGAUUGGGGUUUUUGGACAACGUAUUAAGUGGAUCAUUAUUGAAAGGUUUUAUCGCUGGUGUGGGAGUGGUUAUGAAUAUAAACUCGCUUAUCAUAAUCCUAGGAUUGGAGAAAUUGAUGAAGGAAAUUUCAGAUGACCCUUCGCAAAUGGAUAUUCACUCCCCUUUUGACAAGUUGAUCUUUUUGAUAAGAAAUGCAUGCCAAUUCGACCCUUUAAGUGCAAAAAUUGGAGCUAUUGGUUUCUUGAUAAUCAUCAUCUGCAGAUUCAUCAAAAAGAGAAGCAAAAAUUCCAUGGUGGUUCUUUUCCCAGAAAUUAUGAUUGUUGUAAGUGGUGCUACAAUACUUUGCCAAUAUUUUAGAUGGGAUCUUGAUGGUGUCGAGAUCAUAGGAAAGGUGAAAGACAAUAGGUCUCUCACACUUUACAAUCCCCUUAGCCUGUGGAAGCUUAUAAAACAAUUGGGCACCUCCGGAUUCCUUUGUGCCAUGUUAGGAUUCUUUGAGUCCACUACUGCGUCGAAAUCAUUGGGCACAAGAUUUGAUUUACCCAUUUCUACAAAUAGAGAAUUGGUUGCUUUGGGUAGCUUGAAUGUGAUUGGCUCCAUAUUUGGUGCGUUGCCAGCAUUUGGCGGCUAUGGUAGGAGCAAAAUUAACGCAAUUUCGGCCAAGACAACCAUGUCUGGAGCAAUAAUGGGCUUGCUAACUCUCCUAACGAUCCAAUUCCUUCUUGGAUACUUGUACUUUGUUCCGAAAUGUAUGUUAAGUGUGGUAACAAGUGUCAUAGGUAUUCUGUUGAUUGAAGAAGCACCUUAUGAGUUGGUGUUUUAUUGGAGAACUGGAGGGAGAGAUGAACUCAUCACGUUUGCAAUAACGGUAUUCACCACUCUAUUCUUCUCCAUAGAAGGUGGCAUUGCAGUUGGUCUCAUCUACUCUUUAAUCAGAGUUAUCAAAAACUCCACAGCAUCUCGAAUCCAAAUUUUAGGCAGAAUUCCAAAUUCAAACACAUUUGUUGACGCUGAUGUCCCAGUAGAGCAGGUUGAUGAAAGUAUAUCACGGUUGAAUGUUUUCAAUGAUAUGAAGCAAACACUGUUAAACAUUGGGGCGAUUGAGGAAGUUGAAGGGUGCUUAAUUAUUAAAAUCCCAGAGCCAUUGAACUUUACCAAUAGCAGCGAUUUGGUGGCGAGAUUGAAAAGAGUAGAAAUGUAUGGCUCUACACGUGCUCAUCCAGCUCUGAAAAGAAGCCGUGUUAAGGAAAUGACAAGAUACGUGAUAUUUGAUCUCGAUAGUAUGGAUUCGAUUGACUCAUCAGCAGCACAAACGGUUAAAAACUUGAUAACAAAUUAUCAGAGAAGGGGAAUCAGAUCGUUGUUUGUACGAGUGUCAAGCAAGGUAAAACCAAUUUUAAAACAAGCUGGAAUUCGUGAUCUCCUCAACCACGAUGUGGAAGAGUUGAAAUACAACGAGAUUCAAAAUUUGGCAGGUCACAGUGACAAUGGAACUAUUGCAGGAUGCCGCGGUAUGCUUGGAAAUGGCCCUUACUUUGAACACAUUCUGGAAGCUUUACGGUUGAUUGAUUGCUUUGAGAUGAUUUAUGGGGAAGUGUAG